GCCGUUAUCAUGCUUCUCGUUUACAUUGCAUCCCGAAUCUAUGCUAUCAACCCCCCGGGUGAUGAUAACGCUCUUGAUAUGUACGCUGCCGGAGGUCACGAUGCUUUCCGCCACGAAGAAGAAAAGCUCGCAAAAGAACAGCCCAAACUCUCCCCCUUGUUCUGCUUUGGCUUGUUGAUCGUCCUGGUCGUCCUCAUCGGCUUUACCGCCGAGUGGCUAGUUGAGAGUAUCGAGUUUGUGCGAGAAAAAGGAGGAAUCACGGAGGAACGUUCCUUCACCGUAAUGCCGACCCACACGUUCUUGCUGAUGCCAGGCCCAUCGAUCUCAGUAUCCAGUUCACUCUCUUCUGGACCCCUCUAUUGGUUAUCAUCGGCUGGGGAAUUGGAAGGCCUCUUCCCCUUCUCUUUGGUGUCUGAUGCAAAGACUAACUGGGUCGAAGGAUUUACCAUGCUUUAUUGGCGUGGUUCUACCCCGAGAACUUUUCAAGGGCAUUCUUUGGCGUGGGCACACCUGAAUCCAUCCUACCCAGUAGUGGACAUGGCGAAUCGCAUGUUGAACCAACCAGCACUGGCGAACAUCAUUAAG